CCCACCCCGACCCUGGGGAGAAAUCCUCCUUCUGAUGGUAGUAUCUCUCCCUAUCUUCUCUCGAUUUUACUCUCUGUGUAUUCGAGAUUCCAUCAAAUUCCCAACAAACAAACAAACACUUUUCUUCUUCUUCUUCUUUCCUUGCGGUGCUCUCUUUCUCUGUUCUUUCAUUUACAAACGUAUUGCAAUUUCUAAUUUUAACUUAACGCUUCUGCUCUCUUUUCCCUUUCAUUUAUAUAUUAUUCGUCGGUACCUCCAAGGCUUUUCUAAGCCUAUAAACUCUCUUCCUCUGUGUUGAUCGUCCACUCCACUGUUUCUACAUAAUGGCUGGAAAAGUUGUUCCUGCUCAACCUCCGACUUCUUUUGAGUAUGAGCUUUUUGAAGGUGACCCAGAACACCUUAGAACUGUUGUAGCCUCAUCAAACCACUCAACUCCCUGGAUUGACCCUGCAAAAUUGAAACUCAGACACAGAAUCGGAAGGGGUCCUUUUGGGGAUGUCUGGUUAGCCACUUAUCAUCAAUCAACUGAAGAUUAUGAUGAGUAUCAUGAAGUGGCUGUCAAGAUGUUAUAUCCAGUAAAGAAGGAUCAUGUGAAGGUUCUGUUGGAUAAGUUUGAUGAUUUAUUUUCGAAGUGUAGAGGGAUAGAAGGUGUGUGUUUGCUAUAUGGAAUUUCAAUUAUAACCAGCAAGAUAUGCAUUGUUAUGAAGUUCUAUGAGGGAUCAAUUGGUGACAAGAUGGCUCGCAUUAAAGGAGGGAAGCUAUCAUUAGCUGAUGUUUUGAGGCAUGGGAUUCGGUUGGCUCAGGGAAUUUUAGAAUUGCAUGCGAAAGAAAUCCUAGUUUUUAACCUUAAACCUUCAAAUUUCCUUCUUGACGAAAAUGAUCAAGUGAUUCUGGGAGAAGUAGGUAUUCCUUACCUACUGCUUGGAAUUCCUUUGCCAAGCUCUGAUGUGUCUUCUAGGCUUGGAACGCCAAGCUACAUGGCUCCAGAACAAUGGCAGCCAGAAGUAAGAGGUCCAGUAUCAUUGGAGACUGAUUCGUGGGGAUUUGCAUGCAGCAUUGUGGAGAUGUUGACUGGUGUUCAGCCUUGGUAUGGGAGGCGAGUUGAAGAAAUUUAUGACUCAGUGGUUAGGAAACAAGAGAAACCACACAUUCCAGAAGGCCUCCCUCCUUCAGUCGAAAAUGUCCUUAGUGGUUGCUUUGACUACGACUUCAGGAAUCGACCCUUAAUGAUAGACAUAUUACGUGUUUUUAAAGGAUCGCAUAAUGCAAUUUAUGGUGAUGGAGGUUGGACAGGACUUGGAAGCGAAACAACCUCAGACAAACCAAGUGGCAGUGUUUACUCAGAGUGGUUUCUUUUUAAGGAUCAUCUGCAAGUGGGAGAUGUGGUACGGUCUAGAAAGCCACCAAAUGCACGCAAGUCUGAAAAUAUGGAUGUUCCAGAAGCAAUAGUAGUGGGCUUAGAACGUCAUACAGAUCGAGAUGGUUUUGUUUUGGUUAGAGUCCUUGGUAUCCAUGACCCAUUAAGAGUUCCUAUUUCAACCCUGGAGCGGGUCACUUUUGGCUUGGCUGCUGGGGAUUGGGUACGCUUGAAGAAGGAAGACAAAAAGCACUCACCAGUGGGUAUACUUCAUUCCAUCGGUCGUGAUGGAAGUGUAGCUGUGGGAUUUAUAGGAGUGGAAGCGUUUUGGAGAGGCAAUUCUUCAGAGCUUCAGAUGGCAGAAUCCUAUUGUGUGGGUCAGUUUGUUAGGUUGAAAGCUAGUGUUCUCAGCCCUCGAUUUGAAUGGCCUCGUAAGAGACGAGGGGCCUGGGCUACAGGGAAGAUUUGGCAGAUCCUUCCAAAUGGAUGCCUCAUUGUCAAGUUUCCAGGGAGGUUAACCUUUGGAGAGGAAUAUAGCACUUUUUUGGCUGAUCCAGCUGAAGUGGAAGCAGUUUCUUUUAAAACUUGCCCUGGAAUGGUUAAAAAAUAUCAACAUCUCGAGGAUUUUCAUUGGGCUGUGAGACCGCUUCUGGUAGCCUUGGGUCUGUUCACUGCUAUGAAAGUAGGAUUUUUUGUGGGGAGGAAAAUGGGGAGGUCCAGAGGGAAGAAGCUACAGAGUAGUGUGCUGCUAAAUGAUGGUCAACAUAUGGAUGGCCAGAAUAGUGGCAACCAAGCAUGGUUUCCACCAUCUGUGGCAAAUAUCCUUGGUGUUAGCACUGGUGCUGCCAGGUAGUUAUGCUUCUUAAGCUUGCAAAUAUCUACAGAUAGCUAAUUAUAGCUAAUACAGGGCAUUUAACUAACUUUUUCUGCUGAUUAUAGUGGGAGCUGGUACUACAGCUAAAUUAGUCAUUUACGUUCUGUAUACUUGGGAUUGGAUGUUGACAAAUAUAGUGUAGGGUACCUUUAUGCAUGUGCAGAGCUUUCGCUUUAAGAAUCUGUUCAAACUUUUAA